GCCCAGGGCGCAGCAUCCUGGCGCCCGCCUCCGAAGCCGCUGCAGCCACUGCCGUCGGGGAAGGUCCCGGCGCUGACAUGACAUCGCGUGGCUCUCGCCCGGGCCCAAACUCCCGGCGCCCCGCGCAGUAGCCCCGCGAAGAGGCGGACUCGACGGUGCCGACCGCGAAGAAAAUCAGGCGGGCGGCAUGGAGGCGGCGCACCUGCUCCCGGCCGCCGACGUGCUGAGGCGCUUCUCGGUGACGGUUGAGAGCGGCCUGAGGCCGGAGCAGGUGUCUGACGCGUGGGAGCGCUACGGCCCCAACGAGCUCCCAACUGAGGAAGGGAAGUCCCUGUGGGAGCUGGUGCUGGAACAGUUUGAGGAUCUCCUGGUGCGCAUCCUGCUGUUGGCUGCCCUGGUCUCCUUCGUCCUGGCCUGCUUUGAAGAGGGCGAAGAAACCACAACAGCCUUCGUGGAGCCCCUGGUCAUCAUGCUGAUCCUUGUGGCCAAUGCUAUCGUGGGCGUAUGGCAGGAACGCAAUGCUGAGAGUGCCAUUGAGGCCUUGAAGGAGUAUGAGCCUGAGAUGGGCAAGGUGAUCCGCUCAGACCGCAAAGGUGUGCAGAGGGUCCGCGCCCGGGACAUCGUCCCUGGAGACAUCGUAGAAGUGGCAGUGGGAGACAAAGUACCCGCUGACCUCCGCCUCAUCGAGAUCAAGUCCACCACCCUGAGAGUGGACCAGUCCAUCCUGACAGGUGAAUCCGUGUCUGUCACCAAGCACACAGAUGCCAUCCUAGAUCCCAGAGCUGUGAACCAGGACAAGAAGAACAUGCUAUUCUCUGGCACCAACAUUGCAUCGGGGAAGGCCCUGGGCGUGGCAGUGGCCACAGGCCUGCACACAGAGCUGGGGAAGAUCAGGAGCCAGAUGGUGGCAGUGGAGCCAGAGCGGACGCCACUGCAGCACAAGCUGGAUGAGUUUGGGCGGCAACUGUCCCAUGCCAUUUCUGUGAUCUGUGUGGCUGUGUGGGUCAUCAACAUUGGCCACUUUGCCGACCCGGCCCAUGGUGGCUCCUGGCUCCGUGGCGCCGUCUACUACUUCAAGAUUGCCGUGGCCCUGGCGGUGGCCGCCAUCCCUGAGGGCCUCCCGGCUGUUAUCACUACAUGCCUGGCUCUGGGCACACGGCGUAUGGCACGAAAGAAUGCCAUUGUGCGGAGCCUGCCAUCUGUGGAGACCCUGGGCUGCACCUCCGUCAUCUGCUCUGACAAGACAGGCACCCUCACCACCAACCAGAUGUCUGUGUGCCGGAUGUUCGUGGUAGCUGAGGCUGAAGCGGGCUCCUGCCGUUUGCACGAGUUCACCAUCUCAGGCACCACUUAUGCCCCGGAGGGUGAAGUGAGGCAGGCGGAGCGGCUCGUGCGCUGUGGGCAGUUCGAUGGGCUGGUGGAGCUGGCGACGAUCUGUGCCCUGUGCAAUGACUCAGCGCUGGACUACAAUGAGGCUAAGGGCGUGUAUGAGAAGGUGGGAGAGGCCACGGAGACGGCUCUGACUUGCCUGGUGGAGAAAAUGAAUGUGUUUGACACCAACCUACAGGCCCUAUCGCUGGUGGAGCGAGCCAGCGCCUGCAAUGCGGUCAUCAAGCAGCUGAUGCGGAAGGAGUUUACUUUGGAGUUCUCCCGAGACAGGAAGUCCAUGUCCGUAUACUGCAUACCUACUAGCCCUGGCCUGGCGGCCCAGGGCAGCAAGAUGUUUGUGAAGGGGGCUCCUGAGAGUGUGAUUGAGCGCUGCAGCUCAGUCCGAGUGGGAAGCCACACGGUACCCCUGAAUGCCACCUCCAGGGAGCAAAUCCUGGCCAAGAUUCGGGACUGGGGCUCAGGCUCAGACACAUUGCGCUGCCUGGCGCUGGCCACUCGGGAUGCACCCCCACGGAAGGAGGAUAUGCAGCUGGACGACUGCAGCAAGUUUGUGCAGUACGAGACGGACCUGACUUUUGUGGGCUGCGUGGGCAUGCUGGACCCCCCAAGGCCUGAGGUGGCUGCUUGCAUCGCACGCUGCCACCAAGCUGGCAUCCGUGUGGUCAUGAUCACAGGGGACAACAAAGGCACAGCUGUGGCCAUCUGCCGCCGGCUUGGCAUCUUCGGGGACACAGAGGACGUGGUAGGGAAGGCCUACACAGGUCACGAGUUCGAUGACCUCAGCCCUGAGCAGCAGCGCCAUGCCUGUCGCACAGCAUGCUGUUUUGCCCGUGUAGAACCCGUGCACAAGUCCCGGAUCAUAGAGAACCUACAGUCCUUUAACGAGAUCACUGCCAUGACUGGAGAUGGGGUGAAUGAUGCCCCAGCUCUGAAGAAAGCAGAGAUUGGUAUUGCCAUGGGCUCUGGCACAGCUGUGGCCAAGUCGGCAGCCGAGAUGGUGCUAUCAGAUGACAACUUUGCCUCCAUCGUGGCUGCAGUGGAGGAGGGCCGGGCCAUCUACAACAACAUGAAGCAAUUCAUCCGCUACCUCAUCUCCUCCAAUGUAGGCGAGGUUGUCUGCAUCUUCCUCACGGCAAUUCUGGGCCUCCCGGAAGCCCUGAUCCCUGUGCAGCUGCUCUGGGUGAACCUGGUGACAGAUGGUCUACCUGCCACAGCCCUGGGCUUCAACCCACCAGACCUGGACAUCAUGGAGAAGCUGCCAAGAAACCCUCAUGAGGCCCUUAUCAGUGGCUGGCUCUUUUUUCGAUAUCUGGCUAUUGGAGUGUACGUGGGCCUGGCCACAGUGGCUGCCGCCACCUGGUGGUUCCUUUAUGAUGCCGAGGGACCUCACGUCACCUUCUACCAACUGAAGAAAAGGACCAGAAGUGAAUUCUGGGAACAGUGGACUCUCCGGUGUGUACCUCAGACUGAUGAUGCCCAGGCCUUCCCCUCUGCUCUCCACACUGCCAUCAUGCUCAUCGCUUGCUCACCAGGCCCUGCCAAGAGUCUCUGUUCCUCCUUCCAUACACACAGGGGCUCUGUAAUUCAUGUCUUUGGGACUCUCCUGGGAAGUUCACCUAUGAAGCUCUAGCCCAGGAGCUACAGCCUGAGUGGGGGGUUGCGGGGGGAUCUGCUCAGAAGCCAGAGCUGACAGUCAAUCCAGACAUGCAGAGCCCUCUACCCCCAAAUCCAUGAGAACACUCUGGAGUAGGCACACUCUUGCUUGGAGGCUGGGCAUUUACUUGGUGACUGGUGCCUCUACACUGAUGGAGGACUCCCAGAGUUCUUGCCAGCUCUGACCUCUUGCUUAGUGACUGGUCUGGGGCCUGGUCAGUAAGGGAGUGAAGUGGGGGAAACAUCUGGGCCCAGCUGUGCACAGCAAGGGCAGACAACCCCCCUCCACUCUGUUUCCACAAACAGAGGGCUCAUGAGGGCUUGAGCCUCUUACUGUUUAUAUGUACAGGGGAUUAAAGGGUCAGAGAAAGGGACAUGGUAGUAGGGGAAGGGGGCUGGGCAAGGAUCCCCUUCCCAGGAGACAGCUGGCUUGCCUGCCUUGCUCUGGGCACUCCCAGACUCAGAGUUCCUGUCCUAAGCAAAUGAGACAUGCCAAGUCUCUCUCGGUGCUGCCCAGCCUGCCAAGCAGAGGACGGAUUUGCCCUUCAUGUCCCUGGUGCCUAAGAACCCAGACAUCCUUGGGUACCUAAUCACUGUGCCCUUUCAGCCCAGCCUUGUGUGCACCAUCCCACAGUCUGCAUGGCUGGGUGGUUCUGAGUGCCCUAGACUCUUGGCCUCACUCUUUGCCCCCAACCCUACAUCCCCAUGUGCUGAAAGGAUGUCAAUAAGAAUGGCUAUUUACCCAAGAGCACUUCCUUUCCCUCCCUCCUUGGUGGAGGAAUGCCUGUCAGAUCAUGUCAAAUGAUGGGAAAAGUGUUUGAUGGACCCAAAUGUUCUUUUAAGUCAGCUUUUGCCCCUUUGGCAAAAAUUAGGCAAAUGGGCUCCAGGUACCGUGGCCUCUUCUUCUCCUCCCUCCCCUCUGCCCUCAAAGUCUCCAGAGAGGCCGUAAGAGAUGCAGGGUUGGGCAAGGCUCCCCUGGGAACCAGCCCACAGAGAUUCUCUGUUUCUUUCCUGCUGGAAGGAAGGCAGUCUUUGAAGUGUGGGAGGAUGGCAGGGCUCUGUACCCAUCUGUUGACAUGCAGCCAGUAGAGAAAUAAAGGUUGAGUGCCUGGGGCAACAGA